AUGCUAACAAUUUUUUCCAAAAACGCCGCCGUCUUCCGCCUAGCGAUCACUGCUGCUGUCUUCCUCGCCGCGGUUGCUUUACCUUGUUACGUCAUUUACAUAGCUUCUGACUACGCAGAGUUCCAAAUCCCCUUCCAUGACUACCGCCGUCGUGAUCCUCACAUUUUCCCCUUGUUCCCUCCUGACGACGAUUCCUCUGACUCGGACAGUGAGGAGUAUAGUCUUGAAAAAGUUUUGAAGGAUGCCUCUAUGCAAGAUAAUACAGUGAUCUUGACAACCUUGAAUGAAGCAUGGGCUGUUCCAGGUUCAGUGGUUGAUCUCUUUCUUGAGAGUUUCAGAACUGGAGAGCACACCCGCAGUUUAUUGGAUCAUUUGGUGAUCAUUUCUCUAGAUCGAAAAGCAUUUUCUCGUUGUCUGCUUGUUCAUAUGCAUUGUUAUGCCCUUGUAACUGAAGGGGUUGACUUCUCAAGUGAGGCUUAUUUUAUGACAAAUGACUACUUGAAGAUGAUGUGGAGAAGGAUCAAUUUCCUACAGUCUGUUCUUGAAAUGGGAUACAAUUUUAUUUUCACGGAUGCUGAUGUAAUGUGGUUCAGAGAUCCAUUUCCCCACUUCCAUCCAAACACUGACUUUCAGAUAGCAUGCGAUCAUUUCUUGGGCAACUCCAGUGAUAUAAAAAAUAGUCCAAAUGGAGGAUUCAAGUUUGUAAGGUCAAACAACCGUUCCAUAGAGUUCUACAAGUUCUGGUACUCUUCACGAGAAACAUAUCCUGGAUUUCACGAUCAAGAUGUUCUCAAUAGAAUCAAGAAUGAUUCCUUCAUUAGAGAAAUUGGGCUGAAAAUGAGAUUCUUGGAUACUGCUUAUUUUGGUGGGUUUUGUGAACCCAGUAAAGACUUGAAUCGAGUUUGUACUAUGCAUGCAAAUUGUUGUUUCGGAUUGGAGAGCAAACUUAAUGACCUCAGAAUUUUACUUGAAGAUUGGAAAUUGUUCAUGUCAUUGCCACCUAGUCAGAAGCAAUCAUCUCAUUCAUCAUGGAGGGUUCCUGAAAGCUGCAGUAUUGAUUCUCUCCGCCACUUUAAUCUAGCAGAGGAUGAUGUGGAACCGUUCAACAACAGUAUAUGA